CGAGUGCAGCAUCCGCGUCAACCCAGAGCCCUCCACAUGAGCAGCCCAAUCCAGAUCCCCGAGCUGAUACAAACCAUCUUUCGCGCAAGCCGGGAGGACAUUAGGCCUCGGCGGGAUUUAUGUCACUUCGCGCGAGUCUGCAGAGCUUGGCACGACGUUGCAAUCCCUCUGAUAUGGGAAGAGCUCUUUGACCUGGCCCACUUGCUCCAGCGACUUCCCAGAACUGCGCGGACGGUCCACGUCACAGGAGCCUACCUCGGCCGACAUGGAAACAUCGGCAUCGCCUUUCCUACUUUUGACAUUGCUCGCCCUCUAACCAAGGAGGACUGGGCCCCGGUGCUCGAACGGUCCCGCUUCAUCAAACACUUCGGCUUCACAGAAUUAUUGUCGGAGCCGCGCAACUAUUCCCCAGCUACCAUCGAUGCCAUACUGCAGUGUCCAUAUCCCCUAUUUCCCAACCUGCGAUGGUUGAACAUCAACAUCCGCAAUCCAACCGAGCAGCAUACCGAGCUCGUACAAUCAUUUUUGAGCCCCACUGUAACGGCGCUGGUCGUCCAAUCUCAUUCUGCCAAAAUACUGGGGAACUGUAACCUGCUUGCUCGCAGAUGCCCUUCUCUCCGUCGUAUCCAACUGGAUGUGACGAAUAGCGGUGUCACUUCUGUGCCCUCCAUAGAGAUAGCGGACGCAGUCGCGGCGUGGUCUAGCUUGCACAGCGUGGAUCUCAAGAUUGAUGCUUGCCAUCCGAACCUUCUGCCCUCGCUCGCGCGCAGUAACAGCCUAGUUUACCUCUCUCUCUGGUUCACUGAUGGCGCCGGAGGGCCCCUAUCGCUCAGUGAACCCGUCACCUCCAGUUUCACGGCUCUGCAAACAUUGAAGCUCCGCAACGUGUCCGUGAGCCGGGUCUGUGGCAUUCUCGCCGCGCUAGACGGCUCGCCCAUCGAAACAAUAUGCCUCGCCCCCGUCCUCCUCCACCAGUCGCAGGACAACCUCCGCCGCGUCCUCUAGUCCAUCCGCGCCCACUGUUCGCCCGGAACAAUGCGCGAGGUGGAGAUCUACUUCGAAGGCCUCGACGCCGCCACAGUCGACGGCGACCACUGGCUCCGCGCGCCG